GCAGCAUCGCCAAGCGCCUGAGCCAGACCGGUCAAUACCGGUCCAUACUGGUCCAUACUGGUCCAUACCGGUCCAUAGUGGUUCUAACUGGCAGCAUCGCCAAGCGCCUGAGCCAGACCGGCAGCAUCGCCAAGCACCUGAGCCAGACCGGUCCAUACCGGUCCAUACCGGUCCAUACUGGUCCAUACCGGUCCAUAGUGGUUCUAACUGGUUUAUACUGGUCCAUACUGGUCCGCAGCAUCGCCAAGCGCCUGAGCCAUACCGGUCCAUACCGGUCCAUACCGGUCCAUACCGCGGCCCGUGUCCCCGCAGGCAGCAUCGCCAAGCGCCUGAGCUCGGUGGGCGCCGAGAACACGGAGGAGAACCGGCGCUGGUACCGGCAGCUGCUCUUCACGGCCGACAAGCGCGUGGAGCCGUGCAUCGGCGGCGUCAUCCUCUUCCACGAGACCAUGUACCAGAAGGCCGACGACGGGCGCCCCUUCCCGCAGGUCAUCCGCGACAAGGGCGCCCUGGUGGGCAUCAAGGUGGACAAGGGCGUGGUGCCCCUGGCCGGCACCAACGGCGAGACCACGACCCAGGGGCUGGACGGGCUGAUGGAGCGCUGUGCCCAGUACAAGAAGGACGGCGCUGACUUUGCCAAGUGGCGCUGCGUGCUGAAGAUCACGCCGCACACGCCCACGCGCCUCGCCGUCAUGGAGAACGCCAACGUCCUGGCGCGCUACGCCAGCAUCUGCCAGCAGAACGGCAUCGUCCCCAUCGUGGAGCCCGAGAUCCUCCCGGACGGCGACCACGACCUCAAGACGUGCCAGUACGUCACCGAGAAGGUCCUGGCAGCGGUGUACAAGGCGCUCAGUGUCCCCAAUGUCCCCAUGGUGAGCCACGCCCUAUACAGGUGA